GCACUUUCGGUACUAAGAUAAAUCGAAAAGGCAUUCUCAACCCCCUCUCUCACUGCUGGUGUCCUCUCGAAGGUCGUCGUCGUCGUGUUCCAUGGGGGCCAAGCCGAAUUCGCGCGGCGUCCUGAACCUGGAGGCACAGUUCGCCUUCUUCCGGUCGCAGCACCGUCACCCGGUGAACGCCGCCGCGCACGUGCUGCUCACGGGCCCGCUCCUCUUCACCAUCCUCCUCAUCCUCCAGUUCCUGCCCCUCCCGCUCCCGCCCCCGCUCGACCCGGCGCUCGCCCUCUCCCUCGCCUACGCCGCCGCCUACCUCGCCGUCGACCGCCGCGCGGGGGCGCUCGCGGCGCUGCUCUUCCUCGCCGCAUGGGCCGCCAGCCGCGCCCUCGCCGCGCGCCUCGGCUUCGCGCUCGCCUGGAAGGUCGUGCUGCCCACGCAGCUCUUCGGCUGGGCCUGGCAGGUCCUCGGCCAUGGCCUCUUCGAGAAGAGAGGGCCAAUGGUGACUGAACUUCCUGAGGUGUUUUUGAUGGAGCCGUUCCUCAUCUUGCUACAGAUACUCAACAAGCUGUUUGCCUAUGAGCCAUACCCUGGAUUCAGCAAGAACGUGGACAAGAAGAUAGAGACUGAUCUCAGGGAGAGCAUAAAGCUCAAUCAGAGCAAAAUCAACUGAUCCUAGUUCUUCCGGCCUACUGGACGCACACGAAAUCUUAUAUGAGUAGCAGUUUGUGCCUACUAUUUCAGUUUAUGUUGUCAGACAGAUUGUAGAAUAAUCUAAACAACUGAAUUGCCUGAAAAUACGACCGAAAAUGUGCCAUCGAAGCUUCCUUCGCCGGGUACCUGGAAGAAGAAGAUACAGCAUCCAGAUUGCAGCACCAGGUUUUACUUGCUGAACCCUCUGCUAGACAUAUCGCCGAACACCUCGUGGGCAUGCACAGCUGCUAACCGGGCACGCCCCGGAAUGCAUUAACGCAUCUCGUUGAAUCGGAUAGAAUCUUUGCUGUACAGUUCCAAGAACUACGUAUAAAUAUCACUCCGUGUUAAUCUCUUGAUCAAAUCAAGUAAAAACUCCUUCUAUCACUUUUGUCUUCUAGGAAUAUGCACAUGCUCACUAGUCACCAGUACCGAACUGUACGCUUGACUGUACCCAAAACUCAUUCCCACACCUUGACUGUACGCUUCUGCCAUCAUCGACCCGACAUUUUUUAGUAAAUUCCAGUUUCUUUCCU